GGGUAUGCGAAGGUGGUUGGGUUUACUAUUUGUCCGAUGACUGCCGUUGUCGCCUUUUGUGGUUCCGAAGGUACAGUGUGUUAACAAACAAAAAGGACAAAAGAAAGAAAAAUAUAAAGAAGGAAAGAAAGGGACAGGUAAAUGAAUUUGGUCAUUCGAUUUGAAAACGUGAGUAAGAAAAGUUUGUUAAACGAAGGAAGAAGAUAGAGACGCAAAGAGAGAAAGGAAAAGAGAAGGAUAGUAGAAAAAAGAGAGAGGAGAAAAGAACGUGAGCGAGAGUGAGAGGGGGCGUUGGAGUAAAAUAAAAGGGAGGAGGACCAAAGAGUUUAGAGAAGAGAGCACGAUGUUGAAUAUCUGUCGUCAAGCUUUUAUAGCAAAUAGCCAAAAAGUAGGUACAAGAUGCCUAGGAUCUAUAGUGCCUGUACCAAAUCCUCCAGAAUUUCCACUGGAGAACGAACCUGUUCUUGGAUAUCAGAAAGGGAGCAAGGAAAGGGCAGAAUUAGAGAAGGUCCUGGAUGAAAUGGCAAGCGAAUGUACUGAAGUACCUUUGGUCAUUGGAAAUGAAGAAAUCAAGACAGAUUUAUGCAAAUAUCAAGUCAUGCCACAUAAUCAUCAAGCCAAAGUUGCUAAAUAUUAUUGGGCUACGCCAGGCUUAAUACAAAAAGCUAUCGAUGUUGCUGUUAAAGCUCAAAGAGAGUGGGAGAAGUGUCCUAUUGAAAAACGAUUAGAAAUAUGGUUAAAAGCUGCUAACCUCAUGUCGAAGAAAUAUAGACAACACUUAAAUGCUGCCACUAUGCUUGGUCAGAGUAAAUCUGUUAUUCAAGCAGAAAUUGACAGCGCAGCUGAAUUAAUAGAUUUCUUUAAAAUACAAGGAUACUUUGUCAAGGACGCCUUAAAAUAUAAACCAAUUUCACCUACUAAAAAUGAAUUGAAUUCUAUGAGGUAUCGUGGAAUGGAUGGUUUUGUUGCCGCUGUGUCACCUUUCAAUUUUACUGCUAUUGGUGGUAAUCUUAGUUAUACUCCAGCUUUAAUGGGCAAUGCAGUUCUAUGGAAACCAUCAGAUACCGCGUUACUUUCCAAUUGGUGGAUCUUUAAAAUAUGCAGAGAAGCUGGAGUACCGCCAGGAGUUGUUAACUUUGUUCCUUGCGAAGGUCCAGUUUUUGGAGAUACGAUAACUGCCUCUCCUUACUUGUCUGGUAUCAAUUUUACCGGAUCGGUACCGACGUUUAAUCGUUUAUGGAUGCAAGUUGGUAAAAAUUUGGGAAAAUAUAAGAAUUAUCCUAAAUUGAUUGGUGAAUGUGGCGGUAAGAAUUAUCACUUCGUUCACCCAAGUGCUGACGUACAAACAGUUGUUAUCGGGACAAUAAAAAGUUCUUUCGAAUUUAAUGGUCAGAAAUGUUCAGCCUGUAGUAGAAUGUAUGUUCCUGAAUCUUUGUGGAGCAAGAUAAAGGAGGGCCUUUUAGAGACACGUGACAAACUUAAAAUAGGUGACGUUAGAGAUUUCACUAUUUUUACUGGAGCUGUUAUCGAUGCUACGGCGUUUAAAAGAAUUUCUGGUUACAUAAAUCAUGCCAAAAAAUCAUCGAAUUUAAAAAUAAUCGGAGGAGGUCAAUGCGAUGAUUCUGUUGGCUACUUCAUCCAACCAACGAUAGUAACAACAACGGAUCCAAAUGAUAAAAUCAUGACGGAAGAAAUAUUUGGACCUGUGUUAACCAUUUACGUUUACAAGGAUUCCAAAAUCGAUGAAACUAUGAAAUUGGUUGAAACUUCCACGCCGUAUGCAUUAACAGGAUCGAUAUUUUCCCAAGACGAACAAUGGGCGAGAAAGGCGUUAGAAGAAUUGAAAUACACGGCAGGUAAUUUUUAUGUAAAUGAUAAGUCAACUGGGUCGGUGGUUGGUCAACAACCUUUUGGUGGUAGCAGAAUGUCCGGUACGAAUGACAAAGCCGGUGGUCCUCAUUAUGCUCUUCGUUGGGCGUCACCACAGUCAAUUAAAGAAAUCUUUGUUCCUUUGAAAGAAUUUGAUUAUCCGUAUAUGAGGUCGUAAAGACGUGCUCAAGUAUUGUCUAAAUGUCGAUUUAAAUCAUAUAAUAAUAUAAAAAUAUAGAUGUGAGGAGUAAUGGUGCGUAGUUUAUUGUCGCUGAGCGAUUACGCACUUCUCCUCAACAAAAUUCAGAUGUGAAUGCCGAAUGUCUAUAGUUGUAAAGAAAAGAGAACAAAGAAAAAAAAAAUAAGAAAAGAGGAAAAAAAAUUACCAAAAACAAAAUAUAUGAUAAAUAAUGGAAGGAGAUAUUUGUCUCAUGCAUUUCUUAAUGUGGAUAAGUUUAAAUAUAUGAAUAUGAAAAUAAAUAUAUCGCGCUAGUUAGAACCUCGCGAGGUACCCCUCGAUUUGUUUUCGGCGUUCAUAUUUAAAGAUCGGUUAUUCUAAAGGCUGUAAAUGUAAAUAACAAAGUAUGAUUCUUAGAGAGCGAAAGA